AUGUCGGCCCAUCACGGGGAUUACAUCUGGGCACAGUCAAUCGGCAAUGCCACACAAACAGAUGUGCGUUACUGGUACGUGACUUCGGUCAACAACGAACAGCUGAGGACUCCAAACAACACGCAAAUCAAAGUCCAGAGAGUCGGGUCAACGAUUUUCGGCCUCGGGCAAUACGAUAAAGAUCUCAAAGCUCGACCUAUGAACAAAUCGAUGAACAAGAUACGGUAUGAAGUUGUUAGAGAGGUCGACGGAAAAUCCACUUCCACUCCCGUGAAAGGAGAAAUGGACGUUAUAUUCGAGAACAACAAGGCUCAUGUGAAACUUGAACUCAAUCCAGCCGGCGAAUACACAGUGACAUUAGGUCGAAGCAAAAUGGUGAUACUGGUGGGCGAAGACAUCCGAAAGCCCGAUCCGGCCGUCACGACAACCUCUAAGAAGAACAAGAACGCGGGAACUGGGGUGCCCAGGGCUUAG